AUGAGAUCAAUAGUGAUAGUUUGUUUGUUGGCAGUCAUUGCCAUCCAGGCAGCUCAUUCAUUCAUGUUUGAGGUGCGUCCUGCUGAGGAGAAGUGUUUGGUCGAGGAGUUCAGAAGAGACACUCUGGUCAAGGGUUCAUACGAUAUCUCUGAUAAACUGUCAAAGAACAUUGCCUAUCCAACAGAGUUGAUCAUGCAAAGCAUGCAGAUGAAGGUCUAUAUUCGUGAUGCACAUGGAUCAUUGUUGCAUGACAACCAAGAUGCCAAGAGCAGCAACUUUGCCUUCACUGCCCAUGAGGCCGGUGAAUACCUCUUCUGUUUCUUGGACGCUUACAGACCACAUGCAUCAGUUAUGCCACUGAGCAGAACAGUUAGAUUGGAGAUCAAGAGUGGAGCAGAGGCACAUGACUACACUGAUCUGAUCACCAAGGGUACACUCAAGCCAUCAGAGGUUGAGUUGAAGAAGAUUGAGGACUCUGUCGACUCUAUCAAGAAUGAGCUCAUGUACAUGAAGGGCAGAGAGGAGACCAUGAGAAACACAAACGAAUCGACAAACUCUAGAGUUGCAUGGUUGGCCAUCUUUUGUAUCUUUGUCCUGAUUGGCACUGCCACCUUCCAGAUCACCUACCUGAAGAGAUAUUUCAAGCAGAGGAAGUUAAUC